AUGUUUGUUUCUGGUAUUAAUAAUUCUGUUGUUUCAAAAGUUUUCCCUCCUUUUUCUGUUGUUGUUUCUUUUGUUUGUUCUGGUUUUUCAUUUAAUUCUGAUGUUUUUGUUGUUGUUGUUUCUGUUGUUUGUUCUGGUUUUUCAUUUAUUUCUAAUGUUUUUGUUGUUGUUGUUUCUGUUGUUUGUUCUGGUUUUUCAUUUAAUUCUGAUGUUUUUGUUGUUGUUGUUUCUGUUGUUUGUUCUGGUUUUUCAUUUAUUUCUGAUGUUUUUGUUGUUGGUAUUUCUAUAGCUGUUUUUGUUGCUUCCUCUGUUGUUUCUAUUUUCUCUAUUUUUAUUUCUGUUGUUGUUUCUAUUUUAUUAUUAUCAAUAAUUUUUGCUAUAUUUAAAUUAUUAAUUUCUUCAUUUAUUAAAUUAUUCUCAAAGUUUUUUUCUUCAAUUUUAUUUGAAAUAUUUCUUAAAAAAUUUUCUUCUUCUUCAUAAGGCUCCCUUGUUGUUUCUAUUAAAUUUACUGAUUUUCCUAUGAUUUUUGUUUCAUUAUUUCCCUCAUUUCUGUCCGUUAUUGUUUCUUCUUUCUUAUUUUCUAACAAAUUAUCACCAACAUUUAAUUCUUCUUUUGAUUUAUU